AUGACGAAUCCAGGCGCAGAGGCAGCCUUAGCUAGUAAUGGCAAGAGUCUGGUGAUCCUGACCGUCAUUGAAGGCAGCGUUGCCCUGUUUCUCCUCCUAGCCCGCAUAUAUACGACAUGGCGCAUCACUCGACAUAUCCGGGGUGAUCUAUACCUAAGUCUUGUCACCUUUAUUAUUGGCAUGAUCGGAUCAGUAUUCCUUGGACUUGGUGUCAAUUCUGGACUGGGGGCACAUAAAUCAGAUCUCACCGAGACGGAAAUCACCAACGCUAUAAAGUGGAAUUGGAUCAACCAGUCACUCGGAAUCAUCGCCACGGGGCUUGGAAAACUGACCAUCGUGGCAUUCAUGCAACAAAUUCAUGGCCCCGAGAGUCGGAAGAAGGUAUUCUUCUUAUGGGGAGUCGCUGCCAGUAACAUGGUAGUCAAUUGUGUCACUAUAGCUAUGAUUUGGACCCAAUGCGACCCCAGUGCGAAGCUAUGGCAGGAUUCACUACCAGGGACCUGCGACGGGAGAGUGCGAAACCAGCGGACUGGAUAUUUCCAGGGCAGUUUUUCCGCAUUGUGCGAUCUCACCCUCGCUCUAUACCCAGUCCUGUUCUUCUGGAAUGUGCGACUCAACCAAAGAGUCAAAAUCGGCCUUUGUGUUUUGAUGGGUCUGGGAGUGGCAGCAUGUGUGUGUGCUAUUGUCAAGACGACGACUCUACGAGUGCUAGCAGAAACGGAAGAUAUAACAUAUUACAUGGCCCAGCUGAUCUUCCUGAAUGAAACCGAAAAAUGGGUCGUCUUCAUUGUCGGCUGCAUCCCUCCUAUUCGACCUCUUCUCAUGAUUAUCUUCCACCGUCUCUUGACAUCGGUCAAAUCUACCACCCGGACACAUACAAACCACCAUGGUCGAUCUACCGAACUGAAAUCCUACCCCCGCUCCAAGCUCCAAGUACAACAUACGACUUCCAACUUCGUGAGUGUGUUUGAGGGCAAGGAUAGUGAGGAGAAUCUCGCAGAAGGGGGUAUUAUGAAAACAACAGAAGUGAGGUUAAGCUACGAGGCUGGUUUAUCAACGGGUACUGCAUCGACACAUCACGAAGAUGCACCACAGGCUCAUCUACCCCUCGACAGGGUCUAA